CAGUGUAUCAGUCGGCCAAUGCACUGCAGAAGAAGAGGGCACUGUUUAGCUAGCAAAAUGACAGUUGUUGAUAACUGACUCCGUCAAAAGAGGGCAAGAACAACAUAUCUAACUCUCAUUUUAUGUUUGUAAAGGAUCAAACAGGAUGUUAUAAGGUGCUGAUGUCACAGUUCCAUAGCGUUAUAUAUUCAUUACUGUUAUUACGGCUAAAGCCAUCGAGUUGAUACUGACUCACAACAAACAGGUGAUGAAGCUUUUCUUUUAUUUUUCUGCCGUUUAAAACAAUACAUUUCCAUUUAGUCAUGUCGUCACCGCAAUGCUGGAGAUGUUAAAUAGCUCUUGUUAGAGAGAAUGAUAAUAAGUUUGUCUGUGGCUGCAGGGCGAUUUUAGCGGGUGAGUCACUAUUUUUUCUCCAUCAUUCGAAUACAUUUCACUUCAAGGAGGCGUGCGGUUCUGUUUGAAUGAGCCAGAUUAUGAUGUAUCAAAGCUCACUUGAAGAAUCUCACCGAGUAUAUAAGUCGAUCGGCCCCCAAUCUUCUUUAAUGAUAGCCGGUAUGUAUGUCGCUGUUCUUGUACAUUGACUCCUGCAGGUUUCCUGACUGACAGUAUGCAGAGCCAGCAGUCCAAAUGGCGGGGCAUCCAUCUGGACCAGUCGGAACUGCUCUGCAAGAAAGGUUGUGGGUUCUACGGCAACAGUGCCUGGCAGGGGCUUUGCUCAAAGUGCUGGCGGGAGAACAACCAAACAGACCGUCAGAAACAGAUCCUAGAAGACUGUGCCCUCGCCGAACGGUUGCAAAGAGAAGAAGAGAUUGCCGCGUCCCGCAGGGAUCAUAAGGCAGGUUCUCCGUCCAACCUCACCGCUUUUGGGAAACCUGAGGAGCGCAAAACUAAGGAAAAGCUGGGGAAGGUGUCUGGGUUUUUUUCCCUUCAUCCAAAAUCAUCUUCAAAAACAGAUGCGGCUGCCACUGAGGGUCAUUUCAGCCCGAGUACCAGCUCACGUCCAAACCAGCAUUCUGCCGAGGACACUGACCUCGUAACCAGAGAGUUCAUCGAUUUCCUCAAGCCCCAGAAGCUUGGUGCCAAGAUCUUCAAACACUGCCGGACUUUUACUGGUACCAUGGCUCACAAGCAGAGCCUGAGUGCUGACGAGAUGUCGGAGUGUGUGCAGGAAUUUUACCACAGUUUGUCCGAGCAGCUCCAGGUCCAAUACAAAGGUGCUGCGGACCAUGUGGAGAACAUCAUGGAUGAAGUAGAGAAGUACGUGAUGACGUGUCUUUACGAGGAAGUCUUCUGUCCCCCGACGUCAGAUGAUGAGAGGAAAGAUUCGGUCCUUCAGAAGAGAAUCAGAGCCUUACACUGGGUCACCCUGGAGAGGCUCUGCGCUCCAGUGGACGAGAAGAUCCCCAAGGCAUCCGACAGUGUGAUUAAAGCCAUCAUGGACCUGACUGAGCUGGAUUCGAAGCGCGUACCGAAAGACAAGCUGGCUUGCAUCACCCGCUGCAGCAAACACAUUUGCAACGCUAUUAAAGUCUGCAGGAAGGAGCUGGUGUCAGCUGACGACUUCUUGCCCACGCUCAUCUACAUCGUGCUCAAAGCCAACCCUCCGCGGCUUCAGUCCAACAUUCAGUACAUCACGCGCUUCUCCAACCCGAGUCGCCUCAUGACGGGGGAGGCUGGUUACUACUUCACUAAUCUGUGCUGCGCAGUGACCUUCAUAGAGAAGCUGGACGGUCAGUCUUUGAACAUGACCGCUGAGGAGUUUGACCUUCACAUGUCCGGUCAGGUGACCCCCCACAGACCGCCGUCCAGCACGGCGGGCGCCGAUCUCCAAGCCAUUCACAAAGCCCAAGACCCCCGGAGUCGGAUGAAGGAGACUCCGGACAAAGACCUCAUCGACUGGACCGCGGAAGUGAAAGCAACGGGCCAAGACCAGUUGGAAAGUGCUCUACACGACUUGUUGGAGGCACCGAAAGCAAACACUGCCGUUCAGACCCCAGCGUCAGCCAUCGACUCGGACAACGUGGAGAACCCACAGCUUCCUCCGCCUCUGCUGCCCCAAACUCUGAGAUGAAGAAUCUGGACUGAAAAACCUCUUGUUCUUCCUGCCUGUUGGCUCGACUCCUGGACAAACACCUUGCUGUGAGUCCAUAUUGCAGACCACACUGUCUCUAAAUCCUGAGUUCGUACGACAGAACCACAGCAAUAAGAGUUUUAUAGAUCAACUGUGUGCUCCAGUGACCUUCCGAGAUCAUGACUCCUCUGAUGAUCUUCCGUUGCAGCUGAACGGUAUAAAACAAUGGAUUAUGGAGGAUCAUUAUUAUUAUAUUAUUAUUAUAUUAUUUAGAAUCAGAACACUACAAUGCUGAAGCAAAGAUUAGUCACUGACCUGAGAACCUGCUUGGAAACCAAUAGAUAAAUAAACAGUGUUAUAUGACAAAACCUCCCUUGUUCAGGCACUUUCCUGACAAAUGAGUGUUAGUUAUGAAUGUGUCUUCAUGAUGAGUAGACAGCAGCAACUUCCCUGAAGCAACCAAACAAUAGAAGAAAGGAACAAUUCCCCUCUGUAACUCAACUUAAAUUCACCUCGACAUCCUGAACACAUCCUGUAGCCUCCGGAUCCUAAGCCACACUGGCAUGAAGAGUCAAUAUCAGAGUAGUGGGUUUAGUUUCUGGAAAAGAGGAAGCUUGUGUUUUCAUCCUUGUAUGUACACUGGGGGGCAGUCAUGAGGCAGUGUACUUCAGUCAGAGGUGCUGGAUUUUUUUUUCCUUGAUAAUCAUCAUUCUGAACUGCGACCAUCUGCAUAUCCUGCUGUCGAUGUGUGAAAUGUUCCGAUCAGUCCGCGCACUCGUGUCCCUCACAUUUGUCUCCUGAGACAUCCAAGUUUUAUAAAGUCAGUUAUGAGGACAUUUAUUGCCCUUAAAUUACUGACUAGAUUAUAUUUAUUGAACACUGUUGUGGUAGCUUAGAGAGCUACAAUGAAGCCCAGACGUUUCCUGGCUAAAUCUUAUUGCAGUGUGGAGCUUUACCUUCUGGCUCAGCUCUUUCGCCACCAAAGCAUUUGCCUCUGCUCUGUCCAAUCGCAAUGCAUGUAUUUUUUCUUCUGUCUGAGCUGGAUUUGAACCGACAACUCCUCAACUGAUCCAACUACAAAUUAUUGACCUGAAAUGUUUUGCGAAAGCAUGAUAUCGCAAUGGGUGACAUAUAUAUUUUUGAAAAAUAUAUGAAAAUGUUUCAAAACAGCUGUCAAAAGUUUUGAUGUUUCCUUCCUCAGAUUGAGUAAUGAUGUGGGAUUAAGUCCAUAUAGUGUUGUCUCAUGGUCAACUAUUGUAUUUAACUAACUUAAGAUGGUAUUUAUGGUGAGAAUAUGAAAACAAACUCCAGUGUUUAGUUGGACGUGUCAAUGAAGGUUCCAGGUUUGUUGUUUGAACUCCCAUCAUGUGGGUUUUACUGAUGUAAAGCUGCCUGGUUUGUGAUACAUAUUUUAAUAAAGCCAUAUGU